AUGGCGUCAAAUGAAGUUGCAAAUGAUGGUGACUGGGAGAAGGCUGAGGGUGUACCGAGUCUAAGCGAGCCCUUCAUUCAAAAGUACUUGUCUGGAAGAGAUGCUUUAGUGCAGCAGGAGAAGAAGCAGCGAAGUGACUACCUCUUCCGCCAAAACCUCUCACCUAUGGCCCAGGAGGCAGCUGCGAUAGUUUCACAGAUACGGUUUGAAGAACAGCAGACUCUAUGGACCAGGGAUUACGAGGAUAGUCUCCUCACCCAACAUGUCGAUGUCUAUCCUGGCAUGAUGUUCUCUCUUGCCAAGGAACGCAUGGAGAAGAGCAAGCUUUGGCAGAUCGUCAAGAAGAUGCCGAAGGGAACCCUGCUUCACUGUCACAUCGAAGCGAUGGUCGACCUUGAUUGGGCAUUGGAGGAGGGCUUCAACACCGAAGGUAUUGCUGUUGUUGCAGAUGGACCUAUGACGGACGAGCGCACCCUUCGGAAGACUGGGUUCUCUUUCGUGUACUCGAAGAACGCUAAGGAAGGUGCAUCGCUCUGGUCUUCAGACUACACUGCGAAAACGCCCGUUCCUAUCAACGUGGCUGCCGACAGCUUCCAAGGUGGUGGUAAGAAGGGCUUUGUGGAAUGGAUACGGUCUCGAGUCACAAUUACCCCGUCAGAACAUCUCUCGCACCACGAAGGACCCAACGAGGUCUGGCGAAAGUUCAUGUCAUGCUUCCCUAUCCUUGGUUCCCUCAUCUACUACGAGCCUAUCUACCGCAAGUUCCUCCGCAAAAUGUUCAAGACCCUCCUCGACGAUGGUGUCUACUGGGUCGACAUGCGCUCGGCCUUCUUCACGCCGUACCGAAGCACUGGGCAAGAGGACUGGGAUCCUGACUUCUUCAAUAUGUUGGACCACCUGACCGACGAACUUGAGAUGUUCAAGAAGAGUGAGGAGGGCAAGGGAUUCUGGGGAGCGCGGAUGAUUUGGACUACCAUCCGCCAGUUUGACAAGAAGUCUGUCAUUGAGAGCAUGAAAGCGUGCAUUGAAAUGAAACUCGAAUUCCCCGAGAUCAUUGCUGGGUACGACCUUGUUGGGCAAGAAGACCUCGGACGGCCACUCGCCGAUCUCACACCUGAACUCUUCUGGUUCCGCAAACGGUGUACGGAGGAAGGUGUCGACAUACCAUUUUACUUCCACGCUGGCGAGACCCUUGGCGAUGGUGACAGCACGGAUGAGAACCUGUUCGACGCUGUCAUUCUCGGCACAAGAAGGAUUGGGCACGGGUUCAGUUUGUACAAACACCCUCUACUGAUCGACAUGGUGAAGGAGAAGAGGAUAUUGGUGGAGAGCUGUCCAGUCUCCAACGAAGUUCUGCGCCUGUGCGGCUCGAUCAUGUCCCACCCGCUACCUGCGCUGCUGGCUCGCGGCGUGCCCUGCUCGCUUUGCAACGACGACCCUACGAUCCUCGGACAAGGUGUGUCUGGUAUGUCGCACGACUUCUGGCAGGCAUUGCAAGGCUGGGAGAAUCUUGGGCUUGAAGGUCUGGGCAGUCUCGCAGAGAACAGUGUGCGAUGGGCAAGUUUCGACGAUGUCAGCGCCAAGGAGUGGACGCAGGACAUCAAGGAUGGCAUGAUGGGCAAGGGCGAGCGCGCAAAAAGACUGAAAGAGUGGACGCAGAGGUGGGAGAGGUUCUGCGCAUGGAUUGUGGAAGAGCACGGUGUCGAUGUUGACAUCGAUCCGGAGGAGUGAAGAGAGGAAACUGCAUGAAGCAUAAAUGAGUAGGAUUCAACUCCAACGAGGUCAGGUAUUCUCACCCGUAAUAAAGACAAAACAUUCAACCGACU